CGGCUCUACUCCGUACGGUAGCUAGGACUCUUAGAGGAAACCAGAUCAACAUCACCUCACACCUCACACCUCACUUCCUACUUCCUAACUUCUAAUAAUAAUUCACCUUCAGCCUUGUCGACUCACCUCGUCACUCAUUCACCAUCAUCCGCACCUCUUUUCUGCCACUCACUUACCAUCCCCCGCACGCCUCUUGUGUUUUCAACAUUCGGAAAUGGCCUACAGCUCCUUAAAAUAGCCCCCAACAUCCCAUGGAGUCCGUUGUACUUGAAGACUCGCCCCUCGCCAACUAUUUUGAAGGUUCGCACAUUCAGCGGUGGUCGAGAAGGUACAGCUUUGCUAACAUGAAUUUUUAGGUGAGGGCGCAGAUAACGAUAACUCGACCGAUAGCCCGAGCCAGGAGACCAAUUCUCCCAAAACACCCAGUCCCUCCUUUGCACCGCGCGGCAAACCGAAGGCACCCCUCAAAUUCCGAAGCAAACUACCUCCUCCUUUGCGAUUGGCAAUUCCACGGAAUAAUGCUGUUAACAUCAUCCACCGGACUUGUUCUGUAAGAGAGCUACAUCUCUCUGUAGCCCCCAUUGCUGAUUGAAUACUCCCAGAAAGCUGUGAAUGCUAGAAUAGGCAGGGCAGACAAUGCGAGAUUCUUGGAGCGCUUUCGCUAUAUUAUCGUGGCCUCGCAGCUUCUCAGCAACCACACACACUUGGGACAAAAUCAAAACAGAUCUAGGGAUGCCCCCUUUCCAUCUCCCGAGAUACCCCAGCUUUCUACUCUCACCACUGCCGGCGCGGCUCUGACAGUCUCGUCUGCACUCGGAUUGGCUAUAUCAGUAAAUUGGGUUUUAGGCGAUGGAAGAUCUUCGAUUGGCAUUGGACGUGCAUUCAUUUUGUUCGAUGCGGUGGUCCUGCUGGUCGUAGUUUCCUUUACGUAUUUCCGCAGGCAAUGGCUUCAAUAUCUCCGACAGCAAAAUUUGACAGAGAUCUCAGCGUUUGUGACUAAGGGACAGGAAUUCGACUCGGCUGCCUCUGGGGCGCUGAGUCUCAUACAAGAAGUGGAGCUCGUAUCUCGUGGCUACAGAAUGUUAGAGCAACCACUUCAUACAGAUACCAUGAAUAUGCUAACAUCUUCCAGUAGCAUCCCCUUACCACCUGUGAGCCGAUUGGACGAUUCAAAGCAGACUAGAAGAUGUGCUCGACUUCGGAAGCAGCUCCGUCUUUGCUUUGCUGAGAUCAUACCACGGUAUAACCAAGCUUUUACAGCCAUCAAACCCUUUACCGAAGAGAUGGACCUGGAAAAAUACUAUGACAUAUAUGACAUGAGCGAAAGCGACUUCGCGGAAGCGAUGCUAGGCUAUAGUGAUGUCGAGUUUGAAGACAAUGAAUCUGUUCGUAUUUUGAAGACUCUUGGUGCAAGAUUCUACACGAGCAGAAAGAUCUUAUUAUGUUGUCUCAUGGCUUUGGAUGCUCAUGGUGGCAAAGCGGAUUUCGACCGUUGGAGAAUCGCAUCUGAUGAGUUGCAUGAAAUUACAACAAUUACAGAACAGGCCGAGGAACGUUUGCAUCGUAUUCUUAGCGAAGAGGAAUGUAGGUUACUUCUUUAUGGUAUAGACAAGGAAUGUGUGCUAACCAAUACAGCCUUCCCGGUUCCUCCUACUCCAAAAAUGCCUCUAACUCCCAAUCGCGAGCGUUGGAGAGCGCAACUACGGAAGUUGAAUUCUUUGUCGACAGGAAUACGAGGACUGCAAGCAAAACUCCAUGUUCUUAGGGACGAAUCCGACAAGAACUUGAAUGAGGCAGAGGAUGUGUCAGAACUCGGCACGACUCUAAUGCUUCAGUAUGAAUCCAUUGGAAUGGAUUUAAAGGGUCUGAUGCAAGAGUGGGAAGAUGGAAAGAACGCACUCGCCUCAAACAUCGACAGAAACGAGAAGCGAAUCUCUUCUAUGAGUGGGAUGCUUUCACCAGCCCUGUCAUUGGGCGGACUUACCGCAGUCGAUGAAGCAGGAGGCGGUGCCAUGGAUGCUCUCAAAGCACUGAAUGGGGAGACACCCCCACGGAGCAUUGAUCUGAGCUCUUCGGAUGCUGAAGAAAUCUUUGAGGCCGUUGCAUAUCCACCACGCCAGAGAAGUACGCUUACGAGAGAAGAGCGAAUAAUAAAAAUGAAGGAAGAUAGGGUAAAACGUGAGUCGAUGAGAGACAAAACAGAAGCAAGCACGCGAAUGCUUCGAGAAUUGGAGUCGGUGAUUAAUAUGAGACCGAGAAGCAAAGCACAACAGGCUCGAAGGAUUACGUCGAUAUGAAUUACGGUUAAUGUUAUUUCCCCUUCUUUUUCUUUUGUCUACUCUCUUUUCUCUUUUGUUUAAUAUUUGGGAAUCGCAGCAUCUAGGAUUGCGUGGUAAGGAAAAGGUCGGAGUUUUUCGGGGUUUGACCAGCGCAGCAAUGCUCAAUUGCCUUUCAUUUUGCUUAUUCGUUGAGCGUUACUACUUAGGUAGGGAACAUAUUAUACCCAGGAUAAAACCUGCCGCAAGGUUGUAUGUACAUGGAGGAGACUUUUAUAUAAUCCCACAAUAGAUACUCAUCAAUU